UGGUAGCUUGAGCUCUAGCCAAUCAGAGCUCAGUGGGUCUUUCAUAUGCAAAAUGAAAGUGAACGGAAGGUCAUCAAAGCUUCUCUAGAGAAACAGAUGAAGAGAGAGAGAGAGAAAGAGACUCCCGGGCUGCUGUUACACAGAACACCGAGAUGACAUAAAUCUACUGUCAGAACGGCUGCAGGGGGACAAUGCGACACUGAGAGAGCCAGCAACCAGCAGCAGAUGUCUGCUAGAACUAUCACAACACUUGUCUGGAGGUAUAUUAUUCUAGUGGAUCAUUUUUAAUAAUGAGUUCAUGGGUCCGUCUUAUGUUCCCUGUCCCGAUCCUCAGUGUUACGCUUUUACUAUUAUAUUAUAACAGACUUUUGCAAUUUAAAGGUGCUCAUAGAUACAAUGCAACAGAAGAGAAAAUUCUAUUAACAGAAGCUUGUGAUGCAUUCAUUAAAGGAAAGGAGAAAUCUUUCUUAUUAGAGGCUACCUCUGCCAAUACCAAUGAAUGGUCCAGUUGUCAAGAAUAUAUAACACAAAACCACUAUAUCACGUCUCCUCUUUCAGAAGAAGAAGCUGCUUUUCCACUAGCCUAUAUGAUGGUUAUACAUAAAGAAUUUAGCACGUUUGAGAGGCUAUUUAGAGCGAUCUACAUGCCCCAGAAUAUAUAUUGUAUCCAUGUUGAUGAGAAAGCAAGUGCAGAUUUCUUGGACUCUGUUGGACGAUUACUGGACUGUUUCCCCAAUGCUUUCCUCGCAUCCAGAAUGGAGCCUGUGGUUUAUGGUGGUAUAUCCAGGCUCCUGGCUGAUAGAAACUGUAUGAAGGACCUUGUGGAAUCAGAUGUGCCAUGGAAAUAUGUUAUCAACACCUGUGGACAGGAUUUCCCUUUAAAGACUAACAAGGAAAUUAUACAACAUCUAAAAAAAUUUAAAGGAAAAAACAUUACCCCUGGGGUGCUGCCCCCAGAUCAUGCCAUACCAAGGACCAAAUAUGUUCAUCGUGAGGAUAUUGUUCAUUCAUUUGUUCGAAGGACCAAUGUGUUAAAACCUCCUCCACCUCACAACAUGACCAUCUACUUUGGUUCAGCAUAUGUUGCACUCACAAGGGAAUUUACAAAGUUCAUCCUUGAGGAUCAGAGAGCCACCGAUCUGCUAAAAUGGUCCAUGGACACCUACAGUCCAGAUGAGCAUUACUGGGUGACAUUAAAUAGAAUUCCAGAUGUUCCCGGAUCCAUGCCAAAUGGAAUGUGGGAAGGUGACCUUAGAGCCAUUAAGUGGAGAGAUAUGAAUGACCACGGAGGAUGUCAUGGACACUACGUACGUGAUAUCUGCGUCUAUGGACCAGGGGACUUGCAGUGGCUUCUUAAUGCCAAAAGUAUUUUUGCCAACAAGUUUGAACUAAAAUCUUAUCCACCUACACUGGAAUGCCUGGAAAUGCGGAUCCGGGAACGAACCUUAAAUCAAAGUGAAAUCACUGUUCAGUCUGACUGGUACUUGUAAGCAGUGUCCUCUUCUAGGAAAAUCAGCCUGGAAAAGGAAAGCGAGGCUCUCAAGUGAUAAGUGAAAGGAAACUAUUCCUAUUAAUGGCUGCCCUUAAAAGGCAAUAGAUGUAGAAGCAGACAAAGUAACCUUGCUUGGCAGACAUCUGUGAGGUUUUAAUUAUUCGCAUUCCUUUUUUCAACAUGAACCGUGCCAGCUGUUAAACUUCAAAUUCACAUGUAGCGGACAAAAUAAUGGGUUGUGAUAUAACAUCUGCAUUCAAUAAUUAGUGCUUCGAUUAAUGGUCACUAGUCAUCAAUACUCAAAAUUGUAGGUGUUUAACCAAGCAAAGGUCAUGAAAGUGUGCAUCCCAUUACUAACUACAAAAGCAAUCUUUCUUCUGCGUUUGCUAUGUGUGUUCCCUUGCUAAUGCUGUCUUUUCGUAUGAACGAGCUGUGAGAAAAUGCCAUUGGGCACACGUGAUCAACUGUGAGUUGGCAGGGACAGAUCUCGAGAACUACGCUGCAUUUUCUUAAAAUCCCAAGGGCAUCUUAAAAUAGCGUUCGCUUCUAUAAAUAAAAUUAAUGUUAU